UUGGGGAGAAGUGCUCGCUCAAGGAUUGCCGGAAAAUGAUCAGCUCCGUCGACGUUGAUGGCGACGGUUGCGUGAAUUUCGAGGAAUUUAAGAAGAUGAUGACUAGAGCAUCGUGAUCAUCGCGAGUAGUGUACUUUUCCGACUGCCAAAAUGGCCUCCAACCAAAUCGAGAGCGUCGACAUCACUUCUUCAGUGAAAGCCUCGCCGGACAAGUUCUACAACUUUUUCAAAUUCGAAAUAAACGACCUCCUAAAAAUAGUCCCCACGGUCUUCAUCGGGGUAAAGCUCCUCGAAGGCGAGGAAGGCAAAGUCGGAUGCGUCAAGCAAUGGAACUACAUCCUCGGCGCAAUCCCAAUGAGUGCAAAAUUGAAGCUUACGGCGCUAGAUGAUACUGCAAAAACCAUAACAUUCUCGGUGUUGGAGGGAGAUUUGUUGGUAUUGUACAAGAGUUUCGUGGCUAGCCUUGAAUUCACCGAGGGGUUCGCCAAAUGCACAUUUACCUACGAGAAAUCUACGCUCCUUUCCCCGCCUCCGGAGGCUUAUGUUGUUAUUGUUAAAUCCAUCUUCAUGUUGCUCGAUGCUUAUCUUCUCCUCGUCUAAAUUAAAAGCCACUCUCAUCCAUUUUCACUCGUAUACAUAUGCAUGUUUGCGCGUUUAAUAAGUGUCCCUAUUCGAUCUCGCGUUUAAAUUUCUAUUCCUCUUAACAUUCCCUCGAUUUCGCAUCAUUUGUACUUGCAUUGCUUGUGUUUUGAAUAAAAUUGUGUUGAAUUUGUUUCUUGUUUUC